AACUUUCUUUCUGAAACCUGAUACCAACUUCUUCCCAACUCUUCUUCCGCUUGAAAUCCCCAAACCACUCUUGUCCCCACUCUCUCUCUCUCUCCAAAUCAUCACCUUCUUCCUUUCUAUAUAAACAAAUGGUCUUGUGUUUAUUUCUUUCAGAAAGACUUGAUAACGCAGCCCUGAAAAUUCUCUGGUUUCCAUUCACUGACCCAUCACCACAGAUCUCUCUCUCUCCCACACCCACACACAGGGAACGGUUUUUUUCCUGUCUUCUCUUCAUCUCUCUUACACACAUGGACAAGCACAUAUAUAAUAUAGGGUCAUCGCCGGCGAUGGAAGCAACGCCAACAACGUUUGUGCAAGCAGACGCGCACACGUUCAGGGAGCUCGUGCAGAAGCUAACGGGAGCCGGGGAAGACGAUUCUGAGAAACUCCCGAUCACACUUCCAGCGAGAUUCUCAGCUAGAUCGUCGAACUCCAGCGAAGUCGUGGGCCCUCGUCGGUCAGCUUUCAAGCUCCAAGAGCGGAGACAGAACAUAAGGAAGAUGGAAAUCAAGCUGGGCCUCACGUCUCUCCGCAACUCACCCACCUUCUCCCCACCAAUUUCGAGCCCGGUCACCCCUCUGAGCUCCGACCCGCUAUUCUCCGCCUACUUCCCAGGUUCCGGAAGCCAGUCUCCGUCGUCGCCCGCGGUGUCGGAGGAAGAAAAAGUGAUAGCAGAGAAAGGGUUCUACUUGCACCCGUCACCGUUGAAUACUCCUCGAGAUUCUGAACCGCCCGAGCUUCUUCCACUGUUUCCUUUGUCAUCUCACAAGCAUCAACCUGGGGAUCCUUAAAAAGUUCCUACAACCGUAGGUACGACGGAGAAUUUUUCGGGUUCUGCAUCUUCUCUUUUUACGAUGUUUUCGUUUUUUGCCAUUUUUGGUGGGUUCUGAGCACAGUUCAAAAACCUAAAUUCUUGUUCAGGGUUUCUGUGUUUGAUAAAUAUGGCUCAUCGAAUCCGAACUCCCAAAGAACUCCAAUGGACGUAUCAUGAUCUUUACGUUGGGAAUUCAAA